AUGUCUUCUGAGCUCGCUGGAACUGUCCUUCCCCACACCAACAUGCCCGUUGACCAAAGCCGUGUCGCCCCUGGCCGCGUCGUUGGUCGAGCCCCCAAUCCCGUCGACCCCACCAACGAUGUCGUCACGGUGCACUGCGAAGGGUGCAACUCUCUCGUCACCGUGGCUGUCGAACACAGGACCUACUAUUGUGUCUUUCGCGGACGUUCGGUUGGAGUUUUUGUAGACCCGAAUGUCGUCAACGCGCAAGUCGAGGGUGUCAGCAACGGUUUCCGCCUCAAGUUCCCCUCCAAGGAAGCGGCCUUUGAAGCGUUCAAGAACGCUUUGGCUGAGGGGAAGGUGGAAAUCAUCCUCUAG